AUGGAGUCCAUAGGACUUGGGGAGGUCAGGGAGCCUGGAGUCCCAGGGGCUUCCAGGCCAGAUUUUACAGAUGGCAAAACAGACUCAGAGGGCCAUUAUUUCUACUGUGCUCUAACUUGGACAUGUUCAGUUUCUGUUCCAGAUGAUCGAACUGAACAACGAACCUGUCUUAUUUGUGGGGACCGUGCUACAGGUUUGCACUAUGGGAUCAUCUCCUGUGAGGGCUGCAAAGGGUUUUUCAAGCGGAGUAUUUGCAACAAACGGGUAUAUCGGUGCAGUCGUGACAAGAACUGUGUCAUGUCUCGGAAGCAGAGGAACAGGUGCCAGUACUGUCGCCUACUCAAAUGCCUCCAGAUGGGGAUGAACCGGAAAGCUAUCCGAGAAGAUGGCAUGCCUGGAGGCCGGAAUAAGAGCAUUGGGCCCGUCCAGGUGAAUACAGAAGAAGAGAUUGAAAGGAUCAUGUCUGGGCAGGAGUUUGAAGAAGAAGCCAAUCACUGGAGCAACCAUGGUGACAGUGACCACAGUUCUCCUGGGAACAGGGCUUCAGAGAGCAACCAGCCUUCACCAGGCUCCACACUGUCCUCCAGUAGGUCUGUGGAGCUAAAUGGAUUCAUGACAUUCAGGGAUCAGUACAUGGGGGUGUCUGUGCCUCCACAUUAUCAAUACAUACCACACCUUUUCAGCUAUUCUGGCCACUCACCACUUCUGCCCCCACAAGCUCGCAGCCUGGACCCCCAGUCAUACAGCCUGAUUCACCAACUGAUGUCAGCCGAGGACCUGGAGCCAUUGGGCACACCCAUGUUGAUCGAGGAUGGAUAUGCUGUGACACAGGCAGAGCUGUUUGCCCUGCUUUGCCGCCUGGCUGAUGAGCUGCUCUUUAGGCAGAUUGCCUGGAUCAAGAAGCUGCCUUUCUUCUGCGAGCUCUCAAUCAAGGAUUACACGUGCCUCUUGAGCUCUACAUGGCAGGAGUUAAUCCUGCUAUCGUCCCUCACAGUUUACAGCAAGCAGAUCUUUGGGGAGCUGGCUGAUGUCACCGCCAAGUACUCACCCUCUGAUGAAGAACUACACAGAUUUAGUGAUGAAGGGAUGGAAGUGAUUGAGCGGCUCAUCUACCUCUAUCACAAGUUCCAUCAGUUAAAGGUCAGCAAUGAGGAGUACGCGUGCAUGAAAGCAAUUAACUUCUUAAAUCAAGAUAUCAGGGGUCUGACCAGUGCCUCACAGCUGGAACAGUUAAACAAGCGAUAUUGGUACAUUUGCCAGGAUUUCACUGAAUAUAAAUACACUCAUCAGCCAAACCGUUUUCCUGAUCUCAUGAUGUGCUUACCUGAGAUUCGAUACAUUGCAGGAAAGAUGGUGAAUGUGCCCUUGGAGCAGCUGCCCCUCCUCUUUAAGGUGGUGCUGCAUUCCUGCAAGACAAGUGUGGUCAAGGAGUGAUCUGUGCCCUGUGCCCUCAAGUCACCCACAGGGGCUUGAGUAGGCAGGACAGGCUACAGAGGAAAGAGCCAGAGAGACCAACAUGAAGGCUGUGGAGCUCUUGCCUCCACAGCAAGAAGAGUUUUUGUUUAUUUGU